GCAUCUUCGUAGUGGCAGACAUCCCAGGAACAUGGCACGGGCUUGGAUUUAAUGCCCGAGCAGACUCGUUUUUUGGACCCAAAUGCAUACAGAGGACAUGGCGCAUACACCCAAAGUGAGAGAUCUCAGACGUAUCUCUCCACGCGAGGAUCUAGAUGCCCAAGGAGACUCGUUUGCCAAAGAUAAACCAGUACGGCGUACAAUGGCUAUACACUGGAGGCGAUGGAUCUCAGCGGUACGGCGGACAAUGGCCAUACACUGGAGGCGAGGGAUCACAAUGCUACGACACCGCUCAAGAAAGUACUAAUCAUACAUGGCACGAUGAGGACACCCAGCGUGGCCUCAAUACAGACAUCCUCAUAGCAUCCCAUGAUCGUGGUAACACGGUUCCUAGAAUAAUUACAGACUACUUCCAUGAGAAUGUUAUUGGCCUAUCUUAUAUCCCUCCGGAGUCACAAUCAAACACCUACAAUUUCGCAUCAGGAUCUCAAUAUGGAUUGCAGACUCCAGCACCUAUGCAGGAGUCACGGACACAAGAAGACGAGGGGAGUACGGCCGUGGUCUUCAUGCACACCGACCACCUAAUCCCUUGUCGCCUUUCGGUCGUCAGGAAAGACCAGCUGGCCGUUGUCGAGUAGGGUGAUUCGUCUAUUUAUGGGUGCAACCUAUUCUAUCUAUAUAUGACAGUUCUAGACUUUCC